AUGGCUCGUCUACAGAAGUGUCUACGUGGGAAAGCAUUGGAACCGGUCAAAUGCCAGCUGUUGCACCCAGCCAACCUGAAUCAAGUUCUUUCGACGUUGCGAAUGCUGUUUGGGCGUCCGGAAAUCAUCGUACAUUCGCUGCUGCAGAAGAUAAACACUCUCCCCGCUCCCAAAGCAGAACGCCUAGGUACGCUCGUCGAUUUCGCGCUGGCCGUUCGCAACAUGGUAGCAACAGUGAAGGCCUGUGAGUUAGGGGAGCAUCUGUGUAAUUUGACACUGCUGCACAAUCAUUCUCCACGGAUUAUUCGGCUGAAUUGGGCGACCCAUCGUCAGUCUCUUCGAUCGGUAACUUUGUUGGAGUUAAGCGAGUGGCUGUACAAACUGGCAGAAGCAGCGAGCACGGUGACGAUGCCUCAGUUCUCGGGCUCCUUCGACAACAAGACACACCGGGAACGGAAGAACGAUGGAUUUCUGAACGCACACACCGAGACGGUUCCGAAGGUCAACCGAAGCGACGUUGAUAGUGGAUGUGUCAUCUGCAAUAGCAACUGCAUAGCAGUGGAAAAGUGCAAACAAUUCGUUGCAAUGGAUCUUUCCGCUCGGUGGGCUGCACUCCGGGAACACAAAUUAUGCCGUAGCUGCCUGGAAAGACAUCUAGGUCCCUGCAAGUCCGGGAAGUCAUGUGGUAAAAACGGCUGCCAAUACAAACACUAUCGGAUGAUGCACAACGACGCGAAAGAUAAAUCGAUAGCGUCAUCUUCGUCGAGUUCGACACCGACUACUUCUACUUCACAGCACGUCAGCGCGAGCAGUUCCCGAGAAACCAGAUCAUGCAACACGCAUCGAGGAGAAAGCAGAGCUGUACUAUUCCAAUACGUUCCGGUCACGCUGUACACUGAUGGGAUCAAGGUUCAAACCUAUGCGUUCCUGGACAGCGGAUCUUCCUUGACACUGAUGGAGGAAAGUUUGGCGAAGGAGUUGAAUUUGCGCGGCGAAAGGCAUCCACUCUGCCUCCGCUUGACGGCCGAUACCUGCUGUUACGAAGACGAUGCCAUGCGAGUUUCAUUCAACGUUUCGGGCACGUAUGACGGAUGUCCUCAAAACAAACUGACAGAUGUCUACACGGUUAAAGAGUUGAAACUUCCAUCGCAAUCUCUCUCCAUGCGGAUGCUUUCGACGAAAUAUCCUCACCUCGACGGGUUGCCAAUAGAACCAUACAGCAACGUUCAACCGAAGAUAUUGAUCGGCAUGAAUAAUGUACGAGUGAUCCACCCCCUAGAUAGCCGUGAAGGGAAACCAAACGAACCAGCUGCUGUCAAGACACGCCUUGGAUGGACGAUCUACGGGACUUGCUUGUCCGAUAAUGACCCUUACGAUUCGGAUGAGCUCUUGCACGAAACCGUCAAAAACUACUUCUUUCUUGACAGUUUGGGGAUCAGUGCUCCGCAGAACCAGCUGCUUUCCAAUGAGGACGAACGAGCGUCGACGAAAUUACGUGACGUUACGACGUUCCAGAAUGGGCGCUAUCGAGUCGGUCUUCUUUGGAAAUACGAUGAUGUGUGCCUACCCAACAACAGAUCAAUGGUGUUGAGACGCCAUCACUGUCUGGUCAAGAGGAUGGAACGCGAACCUCAACUAGCUGAGACGUUAAGAGCGAAGAUGGCAGAAUACACCAGCAAAGGCUACGUCCGCAAGCUUACUCCGGAGGAAAGCAAGGUCCGAAUCGUGUUCGAUGCAGGUCCGGAUCAACUGAACGCUCUACCACCAGUACUAUUUAAGUUCCGGGAGCGGUUGAUUGGCCUAGGAGGCGAUGUAGCUGAAAUGUUUCGCCAGAUGUUGAUGAACCCGCAAGACGAAGAUAGCCAGCGUAUCGUUUGGUGUGCCGACGGAACGAUGGAUCCGUGCGACUAUGUGAUGCAGGUUGUCACGUUUGGAGCUACCUGUUCACCCAGCACUGCACUAUUCGUCUUGAACGAAAACGCUGCCCGUUUCGAAAGCGGAUUCCACAUGAGAAAUUGGGUAUCAAACUCGUACAAAGUGCUGGAAGCCCUUGGAGAGAAGCCGAAUCCGGAAAAGUCGUUGGAGAUGAGCGCCGACCUUGCCAUGGAAAAGGUCCUCGGGAUGUGGUGGAGCACAACAAAGGACGUCUUUCGCUACAAGCUCUGCACGGAACGCAACAAGAACCUUCUCACUGGAAUCAAGCACCCAACCAAGCGGGACAUGUUACGGACACUGAUGGCCAUCUACGAUCCAUUAGGUCUCAUUGCGCACUACUUGAUGUUCCUGAAGAUACUGCUACAGGAGGUCUGGAGAGCAAAAACCGGAUGGGAUGAAGAAAUUGGAAAAAAGGAAUUGGAGAAGUGGUAUACAUGGCUACGCAUUUUGCCGGAGCUCGAGUCGGUAGAAAUUUCGCGCUGCUACUACCGGGCUGACUCCAGCAUUGACGAGGCUAGGAUCGAGCUUCACACGUUCGUAGAUGCUAGUGAGCUUGGGUACGCAGCCGUUUCCUAUUUCCGCUUUGAAAGGGACGGACACGUUCAUUGCGCGCUUGUUGGCAGCAAAACUAGAGUAGCACCUCUCAAGUUCGUCUCCAUUCCUCGCCUGGAACUGCAAGCGGCAGUCAUCGGUAUGCGCUUGGCCAAGAGUAUCGAGGCAGGCCACUAUGUCAAGGUCGACCGUCGUUAUUUCUGGACCGAUGCUCGGGACGUCAUGUGCUGGCUUCAAUCGGACCACCACCGGUAUUCCCAGUUUGUGGCCUUCCGCGUGGGUGAAAUAUUGGAAGAGACGAAUGUUACAGAAUGGAAGUGGAUAGGCACAAAGGAGAACGUGGCCGACGACGGAACAAAGUGGAGGUACAAACCGGAUCUCAAGCCAGCAUGCCGUUGGUUCAACGGUCCAUCGUUCCUGUGGAGACCCAAAAUAGAAUGGCCGGAGUCGUCGCUGAAUGGCCAGGAAACCGUUGAAGAAAUCCGUUCAAGCGUGUUGCACCAUUCGGUUGGGAGAGUUCGUACCAUUUUGUUGCCCGAGAAUUUUUCGUCGUGGUACCGAUUACGGCGUGUCACAGCUUUCGUCCAACGGUUCGUAAACAACAUCUGGCUGAAGAAGGGAGGUCAACAACGGAGUGUCGGGCCACUUACGCAGGAGGAACUUCUCGAAGCAGAGGCGUUCCAAAUCAAACGAGCGCAGAAGGAUGUCUAUGCAGACGAACUAGCGGUACUAGCAGCGGGCGACCGCCGACUCCAGAAAAAGUACAGCCUGUUCAAGGUCAGUCCGUUCAUUGACAAGCAGGGCGUGAUGCGCAUCCACAGUCGAUUGGGCGAAUGCGACUUUAUAGAUGAGAGCAGCAGGUACCCCAUCGUACUCCCACGAGAACAUCCAGUUACGACGCUUCUUAUACGCGACGUUCACCUAAGGUAUCAUCAUCAAUGCCACGAGACCUGUGUGAACGAAGUACGCAAAGGAUUCCACAUCCCACGAGUUCGCAGGGUCUACGGCUAUGCAAGUUGCAACGUGCUGCACCAGCGCCACCGAUGA